CAAAAGAGCGUCUUUUAUUAUUUAUAAUAUAAUAUAACAAUAGGAUACCGUGUCCGUGCGCUACUAAUUCAUCAAUGCAGUGCGCUGUAUCCAGACUGCUGCCAGCUAACAAGUGCCGGUGACAAGAGAAGUGUGAAGAAACUAGCUCGGAAGUCUCCGAUCUACUUCCUACCGCCACCUCCCUCCGCGUUUUUUUCUUCUUCGUCAAUCUCAGCCUCCUAUAAAUUCCUCCACCCUCAGUUUCCAACUCUCACCCAACAUAUUCUCAGCCUACUGUCCCCCCGAUAAUACGCUUCAGGCUUCUUGUUUCUCCAUCUUAAUUACUUACCAUUUCUGCAAUGGCUAAUGUUCUGUUGCUUUCUAUAUUGGCUUGCUCUCUGCUUGCCGCCAUGGUCUCCACCGCCGCCGCAGGGAACUUCAACAAUGAUUUCGACAUCACUUGGGGCGACGGCCGCGCAAAGAUACUCAAUAACGGGCAGCUGCUUACUCUUUCACUCGACAAGGCUUCAGGCUCCGGCUUCCAGUCCAAGAGCGAGUACCUCUUCGGCAAGAUUGAUAUGCAAAUCAAGCUCGUCCCUGGCAAUUCUGCCGGCACCGUAACCGCCUACUACCUAUCGUCUCAGGGGCCGACGCAUGAUGAGAUCGAUUUUGAGUUCCUCGGGAACCUUAGCGGCGACCCUUACACGCUGCACACCAACGUGUUCACGCAGGGAAAGGGCAAUCGGGAGAUGCAGUUCAAGCUCUGGUUCGAUCCCACCAAGGAUUUCCACACCUACUCUGUCAUCUGGAUUCCCCGACAAAUUAUAUUCAUGGUGGACGCAACGCCCAUAAGGGUAUUCAGGAAUCUGGAGACGAGAGGGGUCGCUUUCCCAAAGAGUCAAGCCAUGAGGAUCUACUCCAGCCUCUGGAACGCCGACGACUGGGCCACCCGUGGAGGGCUCAUCAAGACGGAUUGGAACAACGCGCCAUUUACCGCUUCUUACCGUAGCUUCAACGCCAACGCCUGCGUUUGGAUCGGCGGCGGAUCAAGAUGCAGUGGGGCUGGAACUUGGAUGGAUUACGAGAUGGAUGUGACGAGCCAGAAGAGGAUGUCGUCGGUGCAGAGCAAUUACAUGAUCUAUAACUACUGUACCGAUCGCAAGCGAUUCCCACAAGGGCUGCCUACUGAGUGCACCAUCAACUGAGAAGUGAGAGGAAGAGAAAUAACUUUUUUGUUAUUGUUAAUUCUUUUAUUCUUUGAUCUGUAAUGUGAUGAUACGAUUUGUAUGUUCUCUAUUGAUUUGUUUUGAAAUACUGUAAUUUCUUCUUUGUCCAAAAUUAUUAAUAAAUUAUUGUACUUAGAAAUUUUGA